GAUAAGAUAGAACGAUAAAGUACUUCUUUUGCUUUAUUUACUCAUAAAUCGUAAAUAUAUCAAAUAUUAUGUUUACACUUUAUAAUACAACUUCAUUGUCACGCCUAAUUCCAAGUAUUUUGUUUUCGUAUUAGAUCUGGAGCUAUAAUAGGUGAAUUUUAAGCUCUCGUGAUAGUUUGUUCGUAUUUGCGAUUUUUGGAGAAUGGCGUCUGGUGAAUGGCACUGUGAGAAAAGAUUCAAGAAUGAGUCUUUUAGGAACGAGGAUGAGAAUGUACUUGAAACUGGGUGUCUCUCCAUUAUUGUCCUUGGUGCUUCCGGUGAUCUUGCCAAGAAAAAGACUUUCCCGGCGCUCUUUAACCUUUAUGGGAAGGGAUUUUUGCAAUCAGACGAAGUUCACAUCUUUGGCUAUGCAAGGACCAAGAUUUCUGAUGAUGAGUUGAGGGACCGCAUUCGUGGGUGAGAUUCCUGUAUAUUCUGUCUAUGGUGAAAAUUAGUCAUCGUGCAUGUUUAUGUCUAUGU